AUGGGUUCAUCCCUGGGAAUGACGAUAGAGGAUGCUGGCGCAAACGAAAUAGAGCGUCUUCAGGAAUGGAGGAACGAUGUCAUUGGCUCAAGGAGACGACUUCCCGAUAUCACAUAUUCCAUCAUAUCUUACUCCAAGUUCAUUCUUCGGUUCGGUUUUAUCAUGGCUCUCAUCUUGUCUUUGAUUGUCUUCAGUAUGUACAAUGUGGUUCCAACGGAAUACUGGACAAAAGUGCCUUCAUCGAGUCUCAUGAGGUAUCACUCUGAGCCAAAUGUGGACUACAGGGGUGAGAUGCAGCCCUAUCAUUUCUGGCUCUGCUUCAGAUCCCUGUAUCAAAAUAUAAGUGAGGACCUAAAAACAUGGGACAACAUUAGAACCAAUCGUCGAACCCUCCGUGACGAGUAUAACGUGGACGGCGAUGAAUUACUACGAAGUUUGAGCGACAAAAAAGUAUUCACGGCCGACGAGGAGAAGCAUAUCCGUAGCAGAGGAAGCUCAAGAGAGAGAUAUGAUGAGCUCUUUCAGCAGCUCUUUCACAAGAACCCAAAAAUAUAUGUACUCGUCUUUCUCGAAGCGCUGACAGCCAUUGGAAGGCAGGAUGCGAGGGACUUUUUGCUUUCUUUGUGAAUCAGAUUUCUACAUAAUUUCUUUUUUUCUCAUUCAUAAACUAAUUGAUCUUGGA